UGCAGGAGCAGAGGCAGCACGCAAUCGAGCUGUCAAGAGAACGUCAGCUUAUUAGGCAAAUGCUGCGUGGUUUCUGAAGAGGGUCAACGCUAUAAAAUCCCACUCCAGUCUCUGGUGUGGAGAAACUCGGAGCUCAAGUCCGUGGAGAGACUGAAGAGAAAGAGAAGGGGGAAAGAAAAAGAGAGUGGGAACAGAAAGGCGAAGGAAAGAAAAUCCCUGCAAAAAGCUCCGGAGACGUUCCUCUGCAGAGAGGCGGCAGCGCCCGGCUCACCUGCAGAAGCACCUCGGAAGCGAGCGCCCCUAACAUGAGACUGCCGCUGCUCGUGUCCGCGGGAGUCGUGCUGCUAGCUCUCCUGCCCUGCCCGCCAUGCAGGGCUCUCCUCAGCCGGGGGCCUGUCCCGGGCGCCCGGCAGGCCCCACAGCUUCCCCAAGCCCUGGAUUUCUUCCAGCCGCCGCCGCAGCCCCAGCAGCCGCAGCAGCCGCAGGCUCGGCCAGUCCUGCUCCGCAUGGGGGAGGAAUACUUCCUCCGCCUUGGCAACCUCAAUAAGGGCCCUGCUGCUCCCCUCUCGCCUGCCUCCUUGCCUCUCGCCGGCAGCAGCGGCAGCCGCCUUUCUCCGGACGAGGUGACAGCCAACUUUUUCCGCGCGUUGCUGCAGCAGCUGUUGCUGCUCCGGCGCCCGCUCGACAGCUCGGCGGGUCCCACGGAGCGCGGCACCGAGAGCGCCCUCGGUGGCCGCCAGGAGGCACCGGAGAGGGAGAGGCGAUCGGAGGAACCUCCCAUCUCGCUGGAUCUCACCUUCCACCUCCUCCGAGAAGUCUUGGAAAUGGCCAGGGCCGAGCAGUUAGCGCAGCAAGCCCACAGCAACAGGAAACUGAUGGAGAUUAUUGGGAAAUGAGACAGUGCGUUUGGCCCCAAAUUCUGCAUUUAGCACAAAAA